AAAAUGGAUUUUAAAAUGAAAGUCAGUCUCUCCUUUUUACGUCACCGUUUGUUUCUGACCCCCAAACCCAAACCCACCAUCCUCCCUCUGAUCUCUGUUACUCACUCUCUGUGGGGAGCAGGUCUCUGCUGACAAACGCUGCGUCCACGUCCUCCAGCAGGAUGAUGCUCUGCUGCGGCGCCACGCUCAGGAGGUGGUUCAGGCGAUCAUCCGACAGGGUUCUGUCGCUCAGACUCAUCAGACAGAUGCUGUAACCCAGCUCGCCUGCCAGAGCCGUGCUGUGAUAGAAUGAGUCACAGAGUAAUCACACAAUAAUUUCAUAUACUAUGAAAUAUAAUAUCAAUAUAAUACUAAAGGUUAUGAAUCCCUUUGCCCACUCACAUGAAGCUGCUUUUUCCACACCCAGGAGGACCAUAGAGCAGGUAUCCUCUUCUGUAGGGGAUACCUGCAGGGACAAAAUUAAGGAACACAGCAGAACAUUAUCAGUUUCAUACAAAUAACCAUGACUGUAAAGCUGUCAAGAGUACAGGUUAAACUGCAGCCUACAUGGACUCUAAAUCUUUUAGACACUUGACUUUCUAUGUUAAAUUUAAAAAGUUUUGAAAGAAUGUAACAUUAGUUUUUUCACAGACACAGCUUGGGCAAAAUAUCUCAAAACAGUAACAGUCAUGACACAAAAACAUGAUUUAUAUAGACUAUUCAUCUACACACUAAGUGAAAACAGGAUUUUCUACCUCUGUCUGUGUACCACUUUGGGUUUCCUAUGAACUCCUUCACAUCAUCCACGAUCUUUUCUCCGACACCCGCAUCCAGGACCACAGAGCUGAGGGGCCUGCGUCGCCGUGGAAACCCAAAGGGCCUCCACUCUGCACCCAUGGCUGUGUACAUCACUGUCCGUCCCUCCUCCUGCUUCAGGGCCAACUCUCUGGCUGCAAAAAGGCAUUGAGAGCUGCAUUAAGAACCUUUAAACUCGACUGCAGCCUUCACACAGUAAGGCAGGUCUAUACGAGCCGUCCGGUGCUCUUCUUCUUACCUUCUUGUAGGAUGUUGAAGAAAAUCUGUCUGUCUCUGCCUAAAGCAGUGAAGGUCACGGACUCCCAGGGAGUUCCAGUGUGCAGAUCCACCAUCUGUUUCUCUCUUGUCCUCUCCACCCUGAUCCACUUCCUCCCAUACCUGCAGACCGCAAAGGAAAUAAAUUGGAAAGGUUGUAAACAAACAGCACAGUGUCCCAAACCCUAGCCAGAUGUGAAAACCGGUUCAUUUACAUGCUGCUGCUGCCCGUCUUUUAACACUAACAGACGUGGGCACAUCACUCCAGUCCUUAGCUUCCUUCACUGGCUUCCCGCCUCUUUUAGGAUUUAGGAUUUAAUACCCAGUGGCAUGGUGACACUUUAUUUUAUUGCAUUGUAUUUUAUUCUUUUUUUAUUGUUUUUAUUUACUCAUUUUUAUUUUCUAUGUAUUGUAAAGCAUGUUGGUUAAUAAAAUAAAUAACAUUUACAUUUACAUCGCAUGUAUAAAUGUGAAUAUACUUUUAUAUUGAUUGUUUUUGCACUUCAUGAGAGAUGAUGUUAAGGUCACUUCUCCUACCAGAUGAUGUGGUUUCCUGGACUCGGGUGGAAGUCAAACUGUGUGUGGACCCGUCCACUCUCAUGAGCCAGGUAGGAGGUCUCCACGCUCAGGUGCUGGGUGUGCCGGGCAUGUUUGGUGAUCCAGCUCAGCAGCCAGUGGUAGCUCUUAUCUCUGCUGGGGACCUCUAGGGUGAUCAUGUAGUGCCUGCGAAAGAAUAUCAUCCCAACCUGGGCUCCUUUUCUGGCCACUGCCAAGGCUGUCCCGACCCCCACCAGUCCAAACCCUGCUCCAAAGUAAGGGUUGUCCUUCAGGCCAUCCAGAAAGUCUGACAGGGGCAUGAUGGUGGUCUCUGCAAAACCUCCUCAGACUAAAGUUCUUCUUUGUAGAGUCACAAGAAGCUAACUCACAAAAUAUGAGACAUUUCAGACUGAGCAGAGAUGUUUUAGUCCUCUAAGAAUCCUCAUAACAGCUGUAAGGGAACGAUCUGUCUGAUAAAUGUUAGUUUUUCAUAAUUUUAUCAUGUUAAAUUAUCAUUUAUCAUCCCGCAGUCUUGCCUUUUUGUCUUCAGCGCACAUCGCAAAAUAGUAACGGUAAUUUAGAGUCUGAAGUCCGCGGAUUUAAUCCUUAAAACAGCCGAGUAAACCCUCAUGGGUUCAAUGUAUGAAAAUGCUCCAUAUGUUACUGUAGUGGAACCGACCUCUACUACACUUCCUGUGUUUCACUCAUUCGAUUCCGACUUUCCUGUAGACGUUGGUUCCCCCUCUUCCAUUUGAAGUUAUUUCCCCGCAAGCUAACUCAAAAAUACUCUCUAAAAUAAAUAUUAUGAUAUUUUUUAUUAUUUCUUUGCUCUGUUGAAUUGUACGGACCGGAAUAACUUCACGAACUCCGGGCAGGAACUGUGAUUGAACCGGUCGGACGAAAAACCUCCGAGAUGCUAACGUUUGUUAUGCUAGCAGUAUUAUGUAGCCGGUAAAUCCCUGUUUGUGUUUUCAUAAAAGGUAAGUGAGUUUUUAUCUUAUUCGUUUUUAUAGAGGUAAUCUUCUGAGUACAAGUGCAGAUGAUCACAAACACGAGUGCACGCUGUUGAGCUGAUAAGUGUUGAUGUUGUGUUUUUCAGGUACAAUGAACAGUGUAAAGCCAGGCGGUAGGGAGAAACAGGGUUAAAGUGGAUUUAAGAUGAAUUACAGUUUGAUUACAAGUGAGUGACCUACUGCAAGCAUGAAAAUAUAUAUGAAUAAGUGUGUUAGGAAAUCUAAAGCAACAUAUAAAGACUUUUAAUGUCACUAAAUCUGUGGGUGAAUGAAAACAUAGUUGACUGCUGAAAUAAAAGGGUUUUAAAUCAGUGGUUCUCAACUGGUCGCACCCUGGGACCCACAGUUUCCCAUGGUCCUUAAGUCGCGACCCACUUUUAUAGAAUUCAAACCAAGCAAAUGUAUUAAAAGACUCAAAUCUUUAACACAAAUACAUCCGUUUUAUAAAGUAAAGUGCAUUUCAGAGCACAUAAACUGAAGACGACAACUACUGAAGUUGCAUGUACAAAAAAUAUCAAGUUGCACUACUACAAGCUACUUUUCUAAAUAAAAGUGAUCACCCAGCCCUACCCUCACGUAUCACAGUACUUUUUUUUACAUACAUGCAGCUGCUAUCAACAUGUCAACCACUGACUCAUGAAUUCAUAAAAAGUUCAACUGUAGAAUUUAUUGUUUGUACUAAAUAAUAUGAACCUCGGUUUGAUAGUUUGACAGUUUGAAGACCGAAAAGAAAACUGAAAUCCUAAUCAGCAUCUUCGUUACCAGGAGAAGAAAUGGAAGAACAGCCUAAGAGACAAAUCAUGAAGAGAGUGAAAAAGACGACAAAAAGAGACACAACUUCAGCUGGAGACACUGAAACACUGCCAUCUAAAGGUAUAUCUAGAUCAUAGUGACAAAAACAGAUAAUAUAAAUUCACCUGCAUAUAAUUAUUUUUCUUAAAAAUUCAAAUAAAUAACCAAAGUAUGAAUACCAUAAGUCUUACCAUCUCUUUAUAUUUUGACUAAAUGUCCGUAUCGUUUUGUUCUUGUCUAUCAGAGUUCCUCGCAGAAGGAUCAGAGCACAUCUAUCGCACACACACCUGCCCUAAAUGUCGUCGCUGCUUCAAAAUGCGCUCCCACCUGCAAGAGCACAUGCACCUCCAUUUCCCCGACCCCAGCCUCCAGUGUCUCACCUGCAAACGCUACUUCACCAGCAAGAGCAAGCUACACAUCCAUCAACUACGAGAGGCCGGUGAAAAGCUCCACCGGUGCCACUUGUGUGCGUAUUCAGCUGUGGAGAGGAACGCGAUCAGACGCCACCUCACCAGUGUGCAUGCUGCAGAAAACCAGGACAGUCAGAGCUUUCCUUGCCCCACCUGUGGUCAGAGUUUUCUCCAGAGCAAAGCGCUCAAGGCUCACAUGAAAACUCACAACAUCCCGUCAGACAGCAGGCUGGUGUCCUGCUUCCAAGAGGGUUGUUCUUUCCAGAGCUCCUCGAACAAAGAGCUCCUUAAACACACUGUGGAGGAGCACGGAGUCAGGGCUGUGGAGUGUCGGCACCACGCAUGUGGAGCUGUGUUUCAGAAUGAGACAGACAUGGAGGCUCAUUACCGGACUCACCUCGCCUACCACUGCUCUCAGUGUGAUUUCUCCUGCUCCAAUAAAGCCCUUUUUCUCCAGCACCAGCGGCAGGGUCACCCAGGGAGCGACAAGCUCUGCUGUGAUUUCUGCUCUUUCGUCACGUUUAACCCCGUGGAGUUUGAGCAGCAUGUCGGACACCUGCACGCCAGUGAGAAGACCCACCGCUGCUCUCAGUGCAGCUUUGUGACGUCACAUAAACGUGGCUUGAAGAGACACAUGCUGAUGCACAGUGGUGAGGAUUACACUUUUAAUAUUCUUAUUGCAAAUCAGUUGAUUUUUUUUUUACAUGAUACCUCAUGAUCUCCUGUCUCUCUGUGCCAGGUGAGAAGCCUCACAAGUGCAACCUGUGUGACUUCAGGUGCAGAGACGAGUCCUACCUCUCCAAACAUAUGCUCACCCACUCUGAGGACAAAAACUUCAUGUGCGCUGAAUGUGGAUACGUCACUAAAUGGAAACACUAUCUGACUGUGCACAUGAGGAAACACGCUGGAGACCUCAGGUAUGAACAUAUUUUGAAAAACCUGCAGAGAAAUACGAUUAAAGUGCAGAAGAAGAGGAACACAGGAGUUACAACUCUACUUCUGCUCUCUUGCUGAGUUAUAUUUGGGGUUUAUGUGUUAGAUGCAUAGACUGUAUAUACAGUGGACAACUUGGUUCUGCCUUCCGCCAGUAUACAGAUUUGAAGCCGAAAAGCUCUCGGUAAUGCAGAAGGAUUCCGCGUUUUUUCUCCAUUUCCUAAAACCAACAUUGCACAGUAGUGUUGUUCCCAUUCAGCGGGAGAGUCACUGUGAUGACGCACGGCUAAAGCAGCGUAUCCCCCGGGUGAGCUAUGCAAUCUUCGUACGCCCAUAGGCCGUAUCAGGUGUCAAUCAAAGAAAACAUGAACCCCCUAAUAAAUUUUAAAAACGGAGCUGUACGGAAAAAAGAGGACUUGAGCACAAACCAGUCUGACAGUAACUACAUGUCAAAAUUUAUAUUCUGUGUAACAAAUUUCUAAAGUUUGUCCACAGCCCCAUAAGCUUUGCUGGCGUAGGCGGGAUUUAUGACCUAUACCGCAGCCCAUCACCAGAGGGUGCUGUUCUCAGAGUGCCUACACCCAGCGAGGAGGCAGACUCUGUCCAUUCUAUAUACAGUCUAUGGUUAGAUGGUGCAAUUUAGAAGUUACUAACAACAAUUGGAAGUGCAAGGAUGAGCGUCAUAGUUUGGGGAAGAAGCGUGAGUCAGGAAUAGGAGCGAGGAAAGUGAGUUUUCUGUAGGAAACGCCAGGUAGCAUCAGCCCAGAUUUCAGGUGAAGUGUAGAAGAUACAGGAGCAGAGUAAGACCAGGAGUUUGGUAGAAGAUCACACGGUUGUGAAGAAUUUUAUUUUACACUUCAGAUGUUGUCACUUAUCUUCCUGUCUCCUCUCCCAGGUAUCAGUGCGACCAGUGUUCUUACCGCUGUCACCGUAUGGACCAACUAAACAGCCACAAGUUGCGACAUCAAGCCAAAUCGCUCAUGUGUGAGAUCUGCGCUUACGCCUGCAAGCGUAAAUACGAGCUCCGCAACCACAUGUUGGCCAAACACUUUGGAGAGGAAAAACAGCCGUCUGUGUUUAAGUGCAAAUACUGUACAUACACCACCUGCUACAGACAAGCCCUGCAGAACCAUGAGAACUGUAAACACACCAAGCUCAAAGAGUUUCGCUGUGCGCUCUGCUUCUACUCCUCCUUCAGCAGCAUCAGCCUGUUCCUGCACAAGAGGAAAACUCACGGGUACGUACCAGGAGACAAAGCGUGGCUCGAGAACUACGCCGCAAAGGAGAGGGAGAGGAACUCUACUGAACUCCUGCAGGACUUUUACAACAAACCCCAGGAGCAGUCUGAACAAUCCACCUCUGGAGAACUUCCACCAUCUCAAAGAGAGAAGUCUGAUCUUCCCGGAUCAGCUGAUAACUGUGACAGAGAAGAGACGGCAGAUGGUUCAGAAGCUGUUUUGGAGGUCUCCAGAGAGGUUCGUAAUGACAAUGAUGGUCCUACAUCCAUUAACAGUCCAGAGGAGUACUGCACUCUAGUUUUAACAACCUUAUCAGCUGCUGACUAUGAAAACGAGGAAGAAAACGGUGGAAAGCAGACUCCGAACUCGCCCUGUUUCAAUCCUGUAGGGUCAGAGAGUUUACAAGAAAAAGGAGACGUCUCUGCAUCUUCAUCUGAGAAGGACAGCGAUGGAAAUGAUGAUGCAGGAUGUGAACAAAGUGACCCAGAUGACAGCUGUGAAUCUGUAAAUGAUCCAAGUCAAACAGUUGAGCCUGAAGAUGAUCGAACUCAAACACCAGAGCUGGAAAAUGAUGACACUACAAGAAGUUUGUCUUCUCCGUCACAGCAAAAUCAGCCUGAGCUCCACCUGAAAACGACGGCGAAGCAGGACCACGCAGAGGCCAUGUUUCUAGAAGGACGUGUGCAGAUGCUGGUGGUGCCAGCUAAAGAAGUUUAUCGAUGUGACCAAUGUUCUUAUGUGAGCAGUAAGGAGACCGCUCUGAAGUACCACCGUCAGGCUGUGUGUCGUGGUCGGGUGAGGGGACACAAGUGUCAAGCUUGUGGUGCAGAGUUCAAACAGAAGAGAGGUCUUCAGAGUCACCUUGCAAAGAGAUGCCCGUCUGUGCAGAGGAAGACCAGGACAUUUGUUGGUGCUUCUAAAGCAUGUUUGACCACAGAAGAAGAACAAAAACAGACAGAGCUGCUUUCUUCAUGCACAGAAUCAAAUGAGGUCUGUGACCAAGAGGAGAACAUCUGUGCAACUUCUUCAACCAGCUGUACUGCUCCCACAUCAGAAUUCAGACACCAGCGAGACAAAACACAGACAACAAAUUCACCAAAACUGUCAAAAAAGCAGAAGAAAAACAAAUCUAUUUCAUGCAAGAAAGAAAGCGCUCCGCUGCGUCCUCUCUACGCUAAAAAAGAUGGAAAAUUCAAGUGCAAGCGGUGCAGUUUUUCAUCUGUAAAGCUUGUAACCGUGGAGAGACACCUCUCAAAGUGCAGGAAAAUAAAGAGAAGAGAGACGCAGGCCGCUUCAGCAGUGGAUGAAGAGGGUGAGGAAGAGUCUGUUGACGGAGAAGUGGCUGAUGCUGCAUCUAAACGUCUGCAGUGCCAACAGUGUACCUUCACCUGCAAACAGGAGCGAUGCAUGAAACAACACGUUGCAUUAAAACACAAAGGUGCGCGACCUCAUUCUUGCAGGUUCUGUCCCUUUAGCACCACGAGGCGUUAUCGCUUAGAUGAGCACGAGUCCCUUCACACGGGAAUCGGCCGCCACACCUGUGACAUCUGCGAUAAAACCUUUGGGACCGUGUCGAAACUGCGUCAACACAAGACGCGCACUCACGACAAGAAGCCGUCACACUUCUGCUCCCUGUGCGACUUCAGCAGCUACACUCUGGACGACGUCAGGCGGCACAAUCUCAGGUGUCACACAGGGGAGUUACGCCACUCUUGCACUCAGUGUGAUGCUCAGUUUAGUUCAGACAUCGCGUUAAGGAACCACUGUAAACGCGCGCACAAGCUCCAGGCGUGUUUCUCUUGUAAGCAGUGCGACUACACGUGCAGCAGCGAGGCCGCGCUGAAGAGCCACCAAGACAGCAAGCACCCACAGGUGAGGUGCACCACCUGCCAGGAAGUUUUUGAGACCAAGGAAAGCCUGGAGAUCCAUCAAAAGACCCACCUGGCUCAUCAGUGCCAGCUGUGUCCCUUCGCUGCCAAAACAAAGCAGCUGUUAGCUCAACACCUGCUGAACGAACACGAGGAGGGGUCUCCUGAGAGCAAACCCCUCAAGUGCAGCGCCUGUCAGUUUGCUUGUCGGCACCAGCUGGUGUUGGAGCAGCACCUGCGCUCGCAUGGAGGCAAGCGCCUGUACAAAUGCACGGACUGCGAGUAUUCAACACGGAACAAGCAGAAGAUCACGUGGCACAUUAGAAUACACACGGGAGAGAAACCGUACAGCUGUGAGCGGUGCAGUUACAGCUGCACAGACCCGUCAAGGCUGAAGGUGAGAGCAGGGUCUGAGGGUGAGAUACUGUAGAUAGUUAAUGCAGAAAAUUAAUGUUCGUUCAUUUUCUGUGUUUAUUUAUUAUUAUUUCUUCAACAGCUUCAUAUGAGGGUCCAUGAGGAGGAGAAGAAGUAUCUUUGUUCAGAGUGCGGCUACAAAUGCAAGUGGAAGACUCAGCUGAAAUACCACAUGACCAGACACACAGGUACCAAGGUCACACAAAGGUUUAUCAUUUCAGUUCAUAUCUUAAAGGGAUAUUCCGGUGUAAAAUUAAUUUAGGGUCAAACACACCGAAACACCAAGUUAGACACCCCGUAGAGAGAGAUGAAUGUUGCCGACCGCUUGCUUCUCCAGUUAUAUCAACUUUAGUAACGACCUCAUCUCUUGAGGGGGUGUCUAACUCAGUGUUGCGGUGUGUUCGACCCUAAAUUAAUUUUACGCCGGAAUAUUUCUUUAAGUUUGAUGAAAGAAACUGUUUGGACAGGCGCCUGUUACCCACUUAGUCUUUUAAACCUACUUACUUAUUGUCGUGUCGAUAAUUAUAUUCACAUGCGUUUAUCCUCUGCAGGAGAGAAACCGUACGCCUGUGAUGAAUGUGAGUACCGCACCAACAGAGCCGACGCCCUCCGUGCUCACCGGGACACGCAGCACUGCGACCUUCGCCCUUUCGUCUGUGAGAAAUGCGGCAAAGCCUUUAAGACGAGUUUUAUACUGAAAACCCACCAGCGCCAGCACAGCGACGGCCGACCCUACGCUUGCGGAUUGUGCAACAAAACCUUCAGGUGGCCCGCGGGUCUCAGACAUCACUACCUCUCGCACACCAAGCAGCAGCCUUUCUGCUGCCGCCACUGCUCCUACAGAGCCAAGCAGAAGUUCCAGGUGGUCAAACAUUUGAAGAGGCACCACCCAGAGGUGUCGGUGGAGCAGGGGGUGAUGAGAGACUCCGAGGCAGGGAGUCUGACCCUGAAGGAGGCGCUGCAGGGGAGGCAGGAGGCAGAGGAAGAGGAGGAAGGGAUGGCUGAUGAGGAACAGGAGAGGGUUGAAGAUGAAGUGCAGAAAGGGGAGGAGUGUGAGUCACCCUCGCAGAAAUGA